AACCUCCUCGAAGAACGUUCUAGCAACAAAUGCCAAUUACCGCCACUCAGUUCUUAACAACUGUUCCUCAUUUUUGCCUUCCUCCUCAAGAAAAUUACAACAAUCAAACGCCUUUAUAUAUAUAUAUAAGCGAUUCAACUACCCUUCUUCUUCAUACCCAAGUCAGAAGAGAAAAAAAAAACGCUUUACAUCUCUCUCUUUGUCCUCUUCUUCAACUUUUUCCCUUUUUCUUGUAAAUGGGGUUGAAGUGGAUUCUGAAUUCUGCCUUUACUCAAGUUCUGGGUCUCACAGAGAAGCAACAACAGAAUCAGAAGGAGGCAGGAGGAGAAGGAAUCAAGAACGUGGAGCAAGUGAAGGAGGGGCGAGAUUGUUUUUAUGGUGGAGAUUUGAACUUUCAAAGUGGGUUUCAAAUGCCCCUUCAUUAUCCUAGGUAUACCAAGAGGGAUUAUGAGGAAAUGGAGGAAGGUAAGUUGGAUUUGCUUCUCAAACAAUAUGGGCUCUGUUUUGAUGGUACCCUUGAGGAGAAAAGGGCGUUUGCUAUUGGGACGUUCAUAUGGCCUGACCAACUUUGAAUUUAUCCACAGUGCGUUUGAUGAAAUUCCUCAAAGAAAAAAUGACCCAGUUUUUAAGGUGUUUGUAUAGCUAGGUUAUGAAUGAAUGUGAUGUUGGUUUAAGAUGCAGAAAUAUUAGUAGCUGUGUCUUUUUUGUUAUAUAUUUUUUUCUUUUUCGACAAAGCUUUUGUUUUGCUGAUCUUGAUGUGAUUCUAAUGAAUCUUGUAAAAACCUUAUCACAUAUAAUGGUAUAUUAAAAAUACCCUAUUACUUA